AUGUCUGAACAGAAGCCUAUCGAACAGACCCCCGUCGCUGAGGCCGAGAACUCCCAGGAGGUCGUGGAAUCGGCCGACAAGCCCUCUGAGACCCCGGCCGCUACUGCCGAUCCCAAUGGCACCGAGGCCGGAACCAAUACUGAAGAACCCGCCAAAGACGAGCUGGUGAACACCGAAGAGACCGCGAAAGCUGAGCCUGCUGCCACUGCCUCCCCCGAACAGGAAACCAAGUCCGAGGAGCAAAAGCCCCAGAAGCCGGCGUACCUGACGAGUAUUCCUUCCUUGAGUGAAUUCUUCGACCACCUUCCUGCCAUUCUCUCCAAGACCGGCCACGAUGAGAUGUGGGGCGUUUUGCUGAAAGAUAGCGAAGAUAUUCCUACUGUCAACGUACUGAUCAAGUUCCUGCGUGCCAACGAGGGUAACCUGCAAGCCGCCGAAGACCAGCUCAGCAAGGCACUCGAGUGGCGCAAGGAAACGAAUCCUUUGGCGCUGGUCGAGUCUGGCCAGUAUCCCGCCAGCAAAUAUGAAGGCCUGGGAUACUUGACCAUCUAUGCACAGGAUGGUCACCCUCUCGUGUUUACGUGGAAUAUUUAUGGAGCCGUCAAGGAUAUGAGCGCGACCUUCGGUGACUCAGACGAGUUAGUAACAGUAUCGAUUCCAAACAACGAGCAUCUCUCUAACAUGACCAGAUUUGUCAAAUGGCGCGCGGCUCUCAUGGAGUUGGCUGUUCAAGAACUCAAGAUGAAGGACGCCACCACUGUGAUCGACUAUGAUGGCGAGAAUGACCCGUACCAGAUGAUCCAGGUCCACGACUACCUCAACGUCAAAUUCUUCCGCAUGGAUCCUGCUGUGCGUGCCGCCACGAAAAAGACCAUCGACGUCUUUUCCACCGCUUAUCCCGAGCUGCUCCGCGAGAAAUUCUUCGUCAAUGUCCCCGCCAUCAUGGGCUGGAUGUUCUCGGCCAUGAAGCUUAUCCUGAGCAAGAAUACCACUCGCAAAUUCCACCCCAUCACCAACGGCGUCAAUCUGGCUCGUGAGUUCCCUGUUGCCAUUGCGGAAAAGAUUCCCAAGGCCUACGGCGGAAAGGGUCUGGAGUUGAAGGACGAGGCCCGGUCGAUCAAGCUGGUGGAGGAUAAGGUUGAGAAGAAGGACGAGCAGAAGAAUGAGCAGAAGGAUGACACCAAGCCCGCCGAUGUGUCUGAUCAAAACGCUGCUGCCGGGGUCCCCGUCAAGACUGAGGAGCUUACUGAGGCUCCCAAGGAAGACGCUGCGGCUGCCGAACCUGCCAAGGAGACUGCCAAGGAUGACUCCAAGGAGGAGUCCAAGUAA